CGUAAUGGAAUUGACAUCAGUCAAAGCCAAUCGGUGUGCUACCCUAACGUUGAUAAUAAAGACUUAGCAUGUGAAAAUGGUAUGUAGACAGGACAAUCCCAACCAUCGCAAUGGAAUCCAAAUCGGGGACACGCCACAAAGGCAAGCAUAGUGACAAACGAAGGAAACGAAGCAGACGACACAAUUCAUCACAUAGUGACAGCGAGUCGGAGGCCAGUUUCCGAAACCUCAAAUCUGACAGCAACAUUAUUCGCAGUCGAGGAAGAGAAGAGCGCAAAGAUGACAAAAUAGGUAGAGGGCUUUAUGAUGACAGAGAGAUUAGUUCAAAAUACGGAGUGAGGGGGACUUCGGAUCGUGACAGAGAGCCGUGUGAUACAGAUGAUGAUCAUGGCGGAGAAAUUAGAAAUCGACAUGGCGACUAUGAAAGAUUUGGCGAUCGCGACAGAGAAAGAAUUAGGGAUCAUAGCAGGGACGUAGAUAAGGAAAGAAGUCAUGGUCGGAAUAGAGAAAAAAACCAUAUUCACAAAAAGGAAAGAAAUCAAGAUCGCCACGAUGAAAGAAGUAGAAACACAAGAAGUCCAACUUCUGAGAGAAAAAUACGUCAAGAUCAUAGGAGAAAGGGUUUGGAAAGUAAUCAGGAAGAAACUUCAAAUGUGUGUCAUGACAGCUCAGACCAACACCAGGACAAAUACAACGCUGAUUGUGCUACAGAAUUUGAAUCAGAUUUUGACUUUGACUACACACAAUACAAACAUUCCCUGAACAAGAUCUUCUUCCGUGAUCAAGAUUAUAUUAAACGAGGAACUCCGGAUUAUGAUGACUUUUGGUUGUUUGCAGCACGUUUUCAGGCAUUCCAGAAAAAGAAAGCACAGAGACAAAUGGGGACUGGGAAAAUGGGAGACCGUGGAAGUGUGAGUAGCCUGGGGAUUCCCCUGGUUUAUGAUAACAGACAUCGCAUUAACCUGACCCUGGUGACCAAACAUGCCGAUGAUUUCAUUCGUCACGGCAGGCUCAUAGAUGCUGAUGUGGAGAAGGAAAUUACUGUCAACAGAGUGAAACAGUUCAAGAAUAUGUUGUUAUGUUACAUUGAUUUUAAACAGAAAGAAAAGUUGAGUAAACUCAUGAAGAUACGUAAAGAUCAGAAGACUUUACCCAUCUACCAGUACAAAGAAAUGAUUGUCAAGAUGGUGAAAGAAAACCAGGUGGUGGUUGUGGCUGGGGAUACAGGCUGUGGGAAGUCUACUCAGGUGCCUCAGUACUUACUAGAGGGUGGCUUUACAAAGAUUGCUUGUACACAGCCCCGGAGGAUUGCCUGCAUAUCCUUAUCUAAACGAGUUGGCUUUGAGACGCUAAACGAGUACGGGACGCAGGUGGCUUAUCAGGUUCGAUUUGAGAAAACCAAGAGCAGGUUCACAAGAAUUCUUUUCCUGACUGAAGGUCUGUUGCUACGCCAGAUGUCUACAGAUGCAGAACUCUCACAGUACAGUGUUAUUGUAAUAGAUGAGGUUCAUGAACGCCACAUUAAUACUGAUUUUUUGCUGGGAGUUUUGAAAUGUCUUCUGCGUCAGAGAAAAGACUUGAAGCUGGUUUUAAUGUCAGCCACAAUCAACAUCAACCUGUUUAGUGGCUAUUUUGAUGAGGCACCUGUUGUCAAGGUGCCCGGCCGUUUAUAUCCAAUACAGUUGGAAUACUGCCCAAUCACAAGAGACGAGUUAGGAGGAAAGAACCAGCGACUUGACCCUUCACCUUACCUCAAGAUUCUGCAGAGAAUUGACCAUAAGUAUCCGUCCAGCGAGAGAGGGGACUUGCUGAUUUUCCUGAGUGGAAUGUCUGAAAUCAUGGCCGUUGUGGAUGCCGCUAGGAUGUAUGCGCAGAAAACCAAACGCUGGAUUGUGCUGCCUCUGCACAGUGCACUCUCAAUUGCUGAGCAGGACAAGGUAUUUGACAUUGCCCCAGAAGGUGUUAGAAAGUGUAUCGUGUCUACAAAUAUAGCUGAGACAUCAGUGACAAUAGAUGGGGUGAGAUUCAUCAUAGAUUCAGGCAAGGUGAAAGAAAUGAGUUUUGAUCCAAAGUACAAGAUGCAAAGGUUACAGGAGUUUUGGAUCAGUCGUGCCAGCGCUGAGCAGCGAAAAGGAAGAGCAGGUAGGACAGGCCCUGGGGUCUGCUUUAGACUGUAUGGAGAGGCUGACUACAAUGAGUUUCAAGAGUACUCCACCCCAGAGAUACAGAGGGUGCCCAUAGACUCUCUCCUGCUACAGCUUAUUGCCAUGGGGCUGCCAGACUCCAGGAGAUUCCCGUUUUUGGAAGCCCCAGCUAUGUCAAGCAUAGAAAACUCCAUCUCUAUCUUGAAAGAACAGGGUGCCCUGACAGAAGAUGAGACACUCACCCCCAUUGGUCAGAUGUUAUCAAGGUUGCCAGUGGAUGUUGUCAUUGGCAAGAUGUUAAUAAUGGGAUCAAUAUUCCAUAUGAUAGACCCUGUGUUGUCAAUAGCAGCCGCCAUGAGUGUUCAGUCACCGUUUACCAGCAGUAGAGGCCACAUAGACCACGAUGCUGCUGCAUCUCGCAAAUCCCUGGAGUCAGAGCAUGGGGACCCGUUCACCCUGCUAAAUGCAUUUGACGAGUGGAUACAGGUGAAGGCUGAGGGGCGUGGCACCAAGAAAUGGUGUAGGAGACGGGCGCUGGAGGAACAGCGCUUCUACGAGAUGACCAAACUCAAGACACAGUUCAAGGAACUAUUGCAGGACCAUGGGUUACUAGAGAAGCUUGCUGAGACUCAGAGGUACCACAGCAGUGAGGAGAGACGAAAACAACAUGGUGACAGAAAGAGGCUUGGGCAACUUAAAAAGGAGCAGAGGAAAUCGUCCAAGAGGCGGAAAGUCCUGAAACUAGAAGAUGAUGAUUUCACAAUUAGUGGAGGAGAAGAGGAAGAAGAUGAGACAGACGCCCUGAAAGACCUCGAGUUCAGGCUGUCACAUGAUUUGAACAAACUUCAGGAAACCUCAAACAGAAGCCGUCAUUUCACUCGGCGAGAUAUUAAUUUACUUAAGAUAAUAUUGAGCUCUGGCCUCUACCCUCAAGUCGCCAUCGCUGAUGAUUGCAACUCCUUCAAAUCAGACUCAGAGCAGGCCUUCCACACAAAGAGUAAACCGUUUGUUCUGCUGCACCCAACCAGUGUAUUUGCUUGCCAGCCUGACUUGUUAAAACCCCAGAUAGAUGUGGACAGUGAGAAGGGACAGAGUGGCUCCAGCAAACUGGAGGCCAAAAUGAGCACCAAACAUGAACUUCUCACCUUUGUGUCUCUGCUGGAAACAAACAAGCCGUACUUGGUAAAUAUCAUGAGAGUACCUGCCCUACAGACUCUGCUUCUCUUCUCCAAUGCACUGGAUACUAACACCGAGUGCUCCAGGGUUGUGUGUGAUGGCUGGCUGGAGAUUCGCUUCAAGAAUGAUGAGUCUAUACAAGAGGUCUUGUCCAGCGUGGUGAGACUGCGUCAGACCUGGCACAACUUGCUUCAGCUGAGACUUGAAGACACGUUCUUAAAUUUUGAGGGAGAGAGAGAAAUAAACCCCAAGGCCAGAAAGUUGGAGAGAAUUUUGGCUGAAAAGUUGACAGAUUUUCUCAGCAGUAAAGUGUCCUAUACUGUCAGGAGGGUGCUGGCUGCGGAGAAGGAACGCCUGUAUAGAGGCCCAGGUGAUACAGGUGUGCCUGACAGUAGUGACCUACUUAAACUAGCCGUUGAUAACACUGCUAGACCUCACCCUGUGAAAGGAGGGACACAAGUCAACCAUUACCUCACACUAGGCUGUUUACUGGAUGAUGUUUCUGCAUCAGUUUGGGGAGAAUACACAUCACACAUGCAGAAACAUUGGACUUGUCCUUCAUGCAACACCAGCAUGAUUGUGUCAGUGGUAGAGAGACUACAACAUGAGGUGGAGUGUCAGACAACGUUUGGGGGAGUUACACUAGAAGAUACAGAAAAAGAGGCUGAGAGGGAGAGAGCUAAGCAGAUGAAUCCGCUGAAGAAGUCCUACUUCUGCCCAGACUGUGAUAAAGAAUACGACUUCACAACAACGGAAAUUCUUAAACAUAAGAAAUCUCAUUUGACCAGUAAAUAAGUGAAGAGCUGAGGACAUACGGGUUAAUUGUGUUUUUUGGGUUGCUUCAGCUGUAUAUCAACAUGCUUAUCAACACACCUGUACAGUUCUAUGGAGCUACAUGUAUUUGUACUGUACAACCCAGAAAGCGUGAUUUGCAGGUGUCAGCACUAUUUUACAUGUGCUGUGUUAAGGAGUGCCAUAUACCUAUAAUUAUCACUUUACAUUAAGUUAAAAUUCCUCUUGAGCCGACUUUCUGCAGCCAAGCGACAUCUGACCAGUAAGGUCACAGUAUGGCUCUGCAAUUCAGAUGCAGCUUUAAGUGUGGAGGUUUGUCAGGCACUAAUUAGGGUAGUGCAUGGUGGUUUGCUGCCGCCAUCCAUAAAAGUAAUUACCUGAAUAAUAUGAGUGAAGAAUUCUGAAAUAUAUUGUUAAGCAUAAAAAUCGGAUUACUCCGUUGAACAUUGUAAGUCAUGUACAUAGAUAAUUGAACGAAUAAAUCAGAAGGAAUAUUAGUGAAGGAAGUGUGUGAAAUGAUUCCAAUUAGCUGCUGUAGAACUAAGAUAUGUACAUGUUUGAAAACUGUUCAAGUGAAAAGUCUGAUAACACAGUCUAGCUAACUAGUUUGAAGACAAUUUACUGGAAUGUGCUUUUGUC